AUGGGGCGUCGCGAGAAGGUAUCUGCGUUGGCAUACUGCUUGCCGGGACGGUAUACACAGGUAAAGUUAUACUCCUGUAAAAUUUCUUGCCCCCUGGCCAAUUGUCCUUCUGCGUCCUUGGUAUUUUGUGACCACUGUAGGGCUUUAUGAUCAGAGCGUAGCACACAGACUUUACCUAGUAGGUAGGGACGGAACUGCUUUACAAACGUGAUUAUGGCACAUAACUCUCGUCUGUAUGCACAGUAAUUCCUUUGUGGUUUCGAUAGUGUUUUACUGACAAAGCAAAUGGGGUUUUCCUGCCUUUUGUCAUGCGUUUGGGACAGCACUCCACCAAUUGCGAACACGCUGUCGUCAGUGUCGAGUAUGAACGGUGGCGCGUCAUCGCUUAGGUUAGGACGUUUGAGUAUGGGUGCCGUAGCAAGUCGGGCUUUGAGGUCGUCAAACGUAGCCUGACACUCACUGGUCCAUAGGAACUUCCGUUCUUUUUCGCUUAGUCUGUGUAGUGGUCGUGCUAUGCCGGCAAAAUCUGCUAUAAAACGCCGAUAAAUGGAGGCUAGAACUAUAAACCCUCUUACUUCUGUAGGCGUAUUGGGUAUCGGCCAGCAACGAAAGGUUUCUGCUUUCUCCGAAGACACGCAGAUGCCUUGAGCGCUUACCUCGUGGCCCAAAUAGGUUACGGCAGUACGGAGAAACUGGCACUAUUGAGGGUUGAGUCUUAACCCGGCCUCUUUUAAAGCCUCGAGAACUGCCCGUAAAUCAUCGUUAUGCCGACUGGCGGUCCAGCCGAACACAAUUACGUCAUCCAGAUAUACUAGGCAUUGCUGUGGGUAUAAAUGAGCUAACACCACUUGCAUAAGCCGCAAAAAUGUGGCAGCAGUGUUGCAAAGGCCGAACGGAUUGGGACAUAAUAUCAUCAAUUGAUGCAGGUGGUAACUGAACUUCCUUCUGUAUGACCGCACAAACGGCUUCUUCGUCGAAGGUUUCCGGCGCAGCCGGAGCUUUUUCUUCCAUCGCUUAGAACUGUUUCGUUCGUUUCAGCACAUCGAUACGGCAACCAUGGCGCGCUAAGAACUUCACUCCUAGGAGCACGUCCCACGCUAGAUCGGGGACGUUGCCAAUCUUCACACUCGCCGUCUGUUUCUCUGGGACCGUAUCGCUGGCGCCAAAUUCCUUGUCGACUCUGGUGCCGAGGUUAGCGUGGUCCCACCAACUCCGGCCGAACGCAAACACCGCAGCUCUUUUUGUCUAACAGCUGCCAACAACUCCAGCAUCCCCACCUUUGGACAGCGCUCCAUCACACUCGAUUUGGGCCUUCGUCGAAUCUUCCGAUGGGUUUUCAUUAUUGCCGACGUCUCCGUUGCCCUCAUAGGUGCCGAUUUCCUAGCUCACUUUAAUCUACUGGAUGAUUUGAAGAAUCGCGGAGUCGUCGACUGCAUUACCGACCUUUAUGCCCGUUGUCAAUCUGAUGUGAACUCCUGCGUCAACCCUCUCACUGUUAUGCUUAUCUCCGACUGUCCUUUCCACUCACUCCUCAGGCAGUUUCCCCGCCUGACCAACCCCUCAUUUCGUGAAGUGGACAUCAAACACACAGUCACCCACCACAUUUCCACCAAUGGACCUCCCAAAUCUUGCCGACCACGUCGUCUUGCUCCGGACCGUUUGAAGAUCGCCAAGGCAGAGUUCGAUCACAUGCUUGAGCUCGGCAUCAUCCGACAGUCCGACAGCUGCUGGGCAUCACCCCUCCAUCUUGUCCCCAAGAAGAGCGGCGACUGGUGA